ACCACUCCGGAGCUUCUCCCCAGCCAUGGACAGCCCAGUCUUCAAGCGCUCCAACAGCCUCUGCUGGCAGGUGUGGGCUGCGAGGCCCCAGACCAGAAGCCUGGCGAGCCUGAAUGAGGGUCCCCCUUUUGAGGGACAAUGUUUGCCGAAUCCUUGAGGGGUUGGCAUUUCCUACCACCACCUCUUCCCUCUGUGAGAGCUGGUCUGAGGGAGCCAGGACCCCCUGAUCUUGAAGACAUGUCGUCCAGUGACAGCGAGCGACUCAGGCUGGGAUGGGGGCAGCCUUCUCUCCCCGCCGACCACCUGGGCUUGGCUAUCUUCUCCAUGCUGUGCUGUGUCUGGCCUGUGGGCAUCGCUGCCUCCUGCCUG